UCCUACUGUUACAGCGCACUGAGUGUGGAACCUAAAACAGUUAUCCAGCCUGGAAAGAGGAAUUCACGGUGGGGAGGGACUGUACAUGUGUUUGUGUACCGCUGAAGCUUCAGCCAUGGAGAAACCCGAGGAAUCCCGCCCCGUGGAGAAAUCUUGGAAGUGUGGCGACUGUGGGAAAGGCUUCCAUGUCCUGUCUGUCCUGGAUGCUCAUCGGCGCAGUCACACUGGGGUCAGGCCAUUCUCCUGCCCUGAGUGUGGGAAGGGAUUCAGCAGUUCCUACACCCUGCUGAGGCACCAACGGGUCCACACAGGGGAGAGGCCCUUCAGCUGCUCCGAGUGCGGGAAGGCCUUCAGCAAUUCCUCUGACCUACUGAAGCACCAGCGUGUCCACACCGGGGAGAGACCGUUCGCCUGCCCAGAGUGUGGGAAGGGGUUCAGCAGUUCCUCCGCCUUGCUGACCCACCAGAGGGUCCACACAGGGGAGAAGCCCUUCAGCUGCCCCAAGUGUGGGAAGGCCUUCACCCAGGCCUUUUCCCUGCUGAGGCACCAGAGUGUCCACACAGGGGAGAGGCCAUUCACUUGCCCAGAGUGCGGGAAGGGGUUCAGCGAUUCCUCUGCCCUGCUGACCCACCGGCGGGUCCACACUGGGGAGAGGCCUUUCAGCUGCCCUGAGUGUGGGAAGGCCUUCACCCAUGCCUCCAACCUGCUGACCCACCGGUGGGUCCACACCAGGGAGAGGCCCUUCAGUUGCCCCGAGUGUGGUAAGGCCUUCAGCAAUUUCUCCCACGUGGUGAUCCACCGGCGGGUCCACUCCGGGGAGAGGCCAUUCACUUGUCCUGAGUGCGCAAAGGCCUUCAGCAAUUCCUCUGACUUACUGAAGCACCAGCGGGUUCACACCGGCGAGCGGCCCUUCAGCUGCCCUGUGUGUGGGAAGGCCUUCACCCAGUCCUGCAACUUGCAGAGGCACCAGCGGGGCCACCAGUGCUCCCAACAAUCGGAUUCUGCCAGUGAGGCUGCUGUGGGUCACCCCCAGGACUGA